ACAACGAGAGUAUUGAUCAAUCGAUAUAACUCACAUUUUCGUAUCGAUAACUUGUGGCGAUAAUCGGCGGCAAACGCAUUUAUUGCACGAUUUGGCGGCAAAAGUCUUCCGUAGUGAACGGGGAGAUGCGAAAAUACGACACGAGAGAGGGUCUAUCGUAUCCUAAUUUUAUUGUUUUUAUACUCGAAUACAUUUGCUUACUUUCGAUGCGGUAUUUAAUUAGUACAAUUCAAGUGUUUGUUUAAUAAAAUUCAUCAUGGGUAUUUUGGGCCUCUCAAAGUUAAUAGCGGACAUUGCUCCUGGAUCCAUCAAAGAAUGCGAAUUAAAACAUCUCUUUGGUCGCAAAAUUGCCAUUGAUGCUUCCAUGUGCUUGUAUCAGUUUCUAAUUGCAGUAAGAUCAGAAGGAGCACAGCUGACAUCGGUUGAUGGUGAAACCACAAGUCACUUGAUGGGCACGUUCUACAGAACAAUAAGACUCGUGGAAAAUGGUAUAAAGCCAGUUUAUGUUUUUGAUGGCAAGCCACCUACCAUGAAAGGUGGAGAGCUGGCAAAGCGUGCCGAAAGAAGGGAAGAAGCUCAAAAGCAGUUACAAGCCGCUGAAGAAGCUGGUAACUUGGAGGACGUUGACAAGUUCAACAGGAGAUUGGUAAAAGUAACUAAGCAUCAUGCAGAAGAAGCAAAACAAUUACUUACUUUGAUGGGCAUCCCGUACAUUGACGCACCAUGUGAGGCUGAAGCCCAGUGUGCUGCAAUGGUAAAGGCAGGCAAAGUUUAUGCCACGGCUACUGAGGAUAUGGAUGCUUUAACUUUUGGAUGCAAUGUUCUGUUACGUCGUUUGACAUUCAGUGAGGCCAGAAAGAUGCCUAUCCAAGAGAUCCAAUAUGACAAAGUAUUAAAUGGACUAGGAUUAACAAAAGAAGAAUUUAUAGAUCUUUGCAUCAUGUUAGGAUGUGAUUAUACACAGAGUAUCAAAGGAGUAGGCCCAAAAAGGGCUAUUGAAUUUAUAAAAAAUUACAAAUCUCUGGAAAAGAUUUUAGAGAAUUUAGAUACAAAAAAAUUUCCUGUUCCUGAAGAUUGGAACUACAAGGAAGCCAGGCAGCUGUUUAUUGAACCAGAAGUAAAAAAUCCUGAAGAAGUAGAUCUGAAAUGGAAUGAUCCAGAUGAAGAUGGUUUGGUCAAAUUUUUGUGUGGAGACAAACAGUUUAAUGAAGAUAGAGUAAGAAAUGGCGCUAAAAAGUUGCUGAAAGCUAAACACACUGGAACACAGGGUAGAAUAGAUUCUUUCUUUAAAGUAAUGCCAAGUACAAAUACGACUCCAAAGAGAAAGGCAGAUGAAAAGAAAACACCCAAUGCUAAAAAGGCAAAGACUGGUGGUGGCAGAGGACGAAAACCAAAAUAGUGUCGAAUCUCACUUUUACCUCUUUUUUUUUUUAUUGUUCUAGGUAUAGUGA